AUGACUGAGACUUACAAGGACUGGCAUGAGAAAUCAACAUUUGCCCUCCUUGCUUGCCGAGCAUCUAUCAAGAUUUAUACCAGAGCAACGUUGUUCUCUUUGGUUUAUGGGAUUGAGGUAGUAUUACCUAUUGAAAUCCCCUCUCUCCAGGAGUUUGAUUUGGAAAUCCAGGAUAAGAAGGGAGCUGAAAAUCUUGCAGCAAAUCACCUUUCUAGACUAGGGAAUCCAUAUUUCAAAAAGCUUAAUGAGAACGUGAUAAAUGACUCGUUUCCUAAGGAACAACUCUUGGUUAUAACCGAUUCCGCAGUCCCUUGGUUUACGGAUAUCACAAAUUACUUGGGUGAGAAGAGAUUGAUGCAGUUAAAUAAGUUAGACGAGUCAAGAGCGAAUGCUUACGAGAACUCGAGACUAUAUAAAGAAGCAACAAAGCGAUGCCAUGAUGCUCGUUUGAAGCAGCCCAAACAGUUCACAGUUGGGGAUGUUGUCCUUUUAUACAAUUCAAAGCUCAAGUUGUUUCCUGGAAAGCUGAAAUCAAGAUGGUUAGGUCCAUUUGUAGUACAAACUGUAACGCCCUAA